UGACAGCUGAUCGAGCAGAAAGGAGGGUGUCCCUGGAAUUUGAACAGCUUGAUUAUCGGCGUUGUCAUGCCGACAGAUUAUUAGCGUAAACAUUGACGUCAUCGCUUUUCUGCGUCCAAAAUUGCCUCGGGGGUGCUGGAAGAGAGCUCAGAGCUCAGAGAGCAGGGAGAGAGAUGAGUCAUCGCUCCUACCAGCCGACCCAGUCGUGCGGCAGCAAACUACUGCAGCAGAAAUGGGACGCUAUCUACUACAAGGAGCACAGACGUCUGGUGAAGUCGGCCAAGCCAACGGUGGACACCAGCGCCCCUGCUAAGCCACUGCACUUGAUAGCCAAGUGGAAAAAGCAACAGCUGGAGAAAGAGAGGGCAGAGGAGAUAGAGAGGGACAACUACACGCUCAUGAAGAGAAUGCAUAAGGUCAUGACCACUCAAACAUCUCUGGACACUCGCAGACACCACAGCCUCAACGAAGAGAAGAGACAAAGAGAAAUGGAGAGAGUUGCUCGUGAGAAUAAGGCGAUGCUACAGAGACUGCAAAAGGUGAAGCCAGUCUACAGAAUAAGCGACUGGAUCGACGACUGGCAAAAGAGCGAAGAGCUGACCCAGAGAAUCGCAGCCUACCCCACAAAAUACCCUAGUCGAAGUAAGAGUGCUCCUCAUGGUGGUAAACGGGCCUCUAGUGGUGGUGGUGGUGGAUUGGCAGCCUCGACACCUCAGCCAAUGAAAAAGAGUGUAGCAGACACAAGAGAGGAGGGACAGACUGAGACGACUGAAACAAAGGGAGAUACCAAAACUGGUUAACGACUAGAAGUAGCUUGAUCGAGUAAAAAAGUGAAGUUUCUAUCACGUACUGGAAUUUUGUAUAAUACACGAAAUAGAUGUAUUAAGUGUGGUAUACAGAACACGAAAUUUUAAAUGAUGACAUCAUUGUGUGUAAAUACGACAUCAUUGUAAGGGACUCUCGAACUGUGCUAGUGCCUGUAUAGUCUCUGCGAGUUCUGGGGGAAUCCCCUCUAGAAGAUCGGCCUCGUUGGCACUGGCAAGAUUCUGGAUGUCGGGGAGAAUUUCUGGAGUGAGCGGGGAAGAGAGGGAGGGUGUUUGGGGAGUGAAAAAGGUGGGAGUGUGGGGUGUGAACGGUGAAGAUGUGAUAGAAGACAUGCGCUGGGGUCUUGUGGGGUGAAAAGUGGGGGAAUUGGUGGAAACGAGGGCGGUGGGGUUGGGGAAGAGGGGAGGGUGGAAGGGAGGGAGGGAGGAUGAAAAGAGAGGCGUUGAAGGAUUUGAUAGAGAUGUGAGUGCCUCUGACAGAAGAUGUGUCGUAUCAAUGACCUCUCCAGGCAAAACCGAAGAUUCUCCGGCUGACGAUCCAGGUGUACCGACAGCUCCACCGUUUCCAGUAUGUGCAGGCUUUACCUCGUCCAGUGGAGAGCUGACGAGUUGCAUGAGGUCCAGCCCACCCAAAAGAUUUGGCUCGAGAAAUUCUAGUCCAAGUUGAGACGCCAAGGCCGCCGCCGUCGUGUCUUCUGUAGCUGAGGAACAGAGUUCGCGAAUGAGGGCUUCGUCUGAUGAAGACGACAUCAUCAUGACAUCACCGGUAAUUCGAGAGUCACUAGUUGGCAGCGGUAUUGGAAUUGAUGAUGUAAUGGGUGUUGUUUGGAAGGCGGGGUUCUUUUGGGGUGAAGGUGCAGCGUUGGUGAGAGGGGGAAGGGAGGAUGAGAGGACAGAAGAGAGAGAAAGUAGGGGAGGUGGCACAGGGGGUGUGGCUCGCACGGCUACCAACGAAGACUGAGACAUUGGAGCAACACUUGGCAAGGAAGCCAGUUUUGCAGCUGAGAUAAUCGGCAGAGAGAGAGACGAAGAUGGGAGGAGGGGCUGGAUUGUGACUCCACCCACUCUCCCCAGCGUGCUCCGGGCCCAAACUGACGGAGAAUUGAUUCUGGGACUCCAAAGAUGUCCCUCUUUCUCCCUCCCAAGUUGGUCUCCUGUGGCUUUGCUGUAGUAACAAUGUGAGAAUGUGGACUGAAGAGUAAUGGGGGAGGAGGGCCAGGAGGCUUAGUCACAGUGUUGUUAGCAGUGCACGUAGUAGGUGGGGGAAUUGGUAGAGAAGAUGGGUGGAUGACUGAAGAGGGGAGAGAGGGAGGGGGCAAAGAAAUGUCUAAGUCUGGUGGAGAAGACACGUGGACUUUCUUGGGUGAGGGAGGGAAGUCGGCAUCUGUUGGAUGAGGUCGUUUUCUGGACUCCGAUUUUUGGGACUCACCACUGUCAGUCAGUAGGGGGAGAGGUUCUUUACCUACUCUCUCUACAGCAGACAUUGUUUCAGUCAGCGGCGCAAUAAGAGUGGAAGAAGAUCCUUCUUUUGUCUUCUCUUCUUCUUCCUCGACCACUUUUUGAACUGAUCCAGAGCUGAUAGUCUUUUCAUCAGACAAAGUUGAGCUAUAGUGGUUGGGUGUGAUGCUAGAGAUAAGGAAUGAGGCAGUGUAUUUGUAGCUACUGAGGACGAAUGCGGGGGUAUGAUGGCUGUAUUAGCUACCGAGGACGAAGGCGGGGAUAC